CCCUUCAGCAUUAAGGAUUUUCCUUUCAUUUGUCUCCGAUCUACUGUAAAUCUUUCCACAGAAGUUAGACCCAUCCGAUGUUUGGAACUUCUGCGCCUGGUAGCUACUUUUCUGUUGGGUUCUUCCCGAUUAUGAGAGAUUGUGGAAGUAUUUGUAUACAUAUUUGAACGGCGUGGUUGCUGGGUGUAGACUAAUCACGGCUUAUCCCUGAUGUAACACAAAGGGCUACACACACACCGACCCACCCACAGAGCGAGAGCAUCCUUACCCGGCUGAGCUCAGCAGAUGGAGCCCGCACACCAGCAGCGCACACUCGGAUGAAAGUUACACUCGCAGCAUUAAGAAUCAGCGUCUCUACCACCGACGGACACACUCGGUGAGGAGGAGACUAAUAAUGGAUGUGAUCAUCAGCAAUCAGGUUUCAUUAUCCAAACAUACGGAGCAGCCCAUGGACCUAAGUGUGACUCAGAGGUUGUUACAUCCAGGCCCAGAUUCGGCCAUGCUGGCUCCCCGCCCUCACUUCAUUCUGGGGCCACUCACCUCUCAGCAUUGCGCCCAGUUUUCCCAGCAGCACUUGCAGUAUAACAUCGAUCAAAGGCAAAAAGAGAUGGAGGAGGAGAAGAGGGAAGAGCUACACCAGCUGAUACGAAAGAGUAAAAAUGAGCAGAGUGCUGUAGCCAGUCCCCUGGUAAAGCAGAAGCUUCGGGAACAUAUAAUCAUGAAGAGCCAGCCCACCCACGACAGGGUCACUCCCAGCCACAGCAGUCCUACAUCAGGAUACAGACUACCGGUUCCUGACAUGUCCCUGAAGCUUCAGCCUCCACCCUGUGACCAGCGUAAGGACCUUGCCCUGCGCAGAACAGUGUCUGAGCCCACUCUGAAGUUGAAGAUAAAGAAGCUCAUCAGUACAAGGCCAAACCCACUCCGGCGUAAGUCCAGCGCCCCUCCCGCUGUCAAGCACAGGACAGAGACUCUGGACUCCUCCCCCAGCAGCACCCCAGCAUCAGGGUGCAGCUCACCUAAUGACAGCCUUCAUUUGGAAAAUGGGGCCCUCCCACUGGCUCAUGAGGCACAGGGGUUGCUGUUGAAGGAUGGUCAUUUAGCCAGUUUCACCAUGCCUCCCAACCCCACCGCCAUGCCUAACAUCACUGCUGGACUGCCUGCACAGGCUGACCUGCGAGUAGCUAGGCCGCUGGCAGUUUCUGCUCUGAAUCAGCUUUACCUGCCUCUGGAGGGAAACAGUCCAGCUCUGGCCCAGCGCCUGCAGCCUGUACUCGUACUCGAACCACACACUGGGCUGGUGCACUCCCAGCUUGUCUCUUUUCAUGGUUUGAGUUCCUCUCCUCUGCAGCAGCAGCCUCAUCUGUCUUCCCCCUCCAGAAGAGAAGGUGUAGUCACUUUGCCCUCACACAGACCUGUGGAGCGAACACGCUCAGAGCCACCACCCUACAGCCACUCUCCCCUUAGUCUGCAUGGCAGCCAUCACUCACACAUCCCACACCAGCUGCUUCAGCAUUACCACAAGGGUGGGCUGGAGAGGUUCAAGCAGAAUGCACACCUGAGCAAGAUUCCAUCAGAAGACAUGGACCUGGAGGAGAUUGGAUCAGGCUCAGGCUCAGGGCCAGGUUCGGUGUGCAGCUCAGAGCCGGGCUCUGAGGACGGCUACCGCAGGAGACCGAGCACUGCCAGCACAGACUCGGUUUAUGGCACAGAGUCCUCAACCUCCUCAUGGGAAAGCUUGAUUGAGCCCUCACAUUCCCACAGUCAGAGGCACGUGAUUCUCAGACCAGGUCUCCAGCUGGACCCUCUGACGAUGCCAGCCCUAAUUUGGCCUCACCAGCCUCUGGUUCGGACCCGGUCCUCCCCAGCCUCCACCUCCCUGCCUCCUUCAAAUCCACCCACCACCAUACCGUCUUUGUCACUGUCCAGCCCCACUGCAGAUGCCCAGCUACGCUUCACUACAGGUCUGGUUUAUGACGCUCAAAUGCAGAAGCACCAGUGUGCCUGCGGGGACAACAGCCGCCACCCUGAGCACGCUGGAAGAGUCCAAAGCAUCUGGUCCAGACUGCAUGAAAGAGGCCUCAGGAACCAUUGUGAGCGUAUUCGCAGUAGGAAGGCCACUCGUGAAGAGCUGCAGUCAGUCCAUUCAGAGAAACAUGUGCUGCUGUUUGGCACCGGUUCAGUCAACCCCCUCAAGCUGGACAACCGCAAACUGGCUGGAACCUUAUCUCAACGGAUUUUUGUGACGUUGCCGUGUGGAGGAGUUGGGGUAGAUAAUGAUACAAUCUGGAAUGAGGUUCACACAUCAGUAGCUUCCCGUAUUGCUGCAGGAUGUGUUACAGACCUCGCACUGAAGGUGGCACAGAGAGAGCUGAAGAAUGGCUUUGCAGUGGUGAGGCCCCCUGGACAUCACGCAACCCACUCCCUCCCUCUGGGCUUCUGUUUUUUCAACUCUGUGGCCAUCGCUGCCAAACAGCUCCAACACAAACUCAGUGUCAGCAAGAUCCUCAUCGUGGACUGGGAUGUUCACCAUGGCAACGGCACCCAGGAAGCUUUCUAUACUGACCCAAGUGUGCUGUACAUCUCUCUACAUCGCUAUGAUGAUGGCAACUUCUUUCCUGGUAGUGGAAAUCCCAGCGAGGUGGGCGCAGGUGCAGGUGAGGGCUUCACUGUUAAUGUAGGAUGGACAGGGGGGUUGAACCCACCCAUGGGUGACGCCGAGUACCUGGCUGCAUUCAGAGCUGUGGUGAUGCCCAUUGCCCACGAGUUCUCCCCUGAUGUGGUGCUGGUGUCUGCUGGCUUUGAUGCUGUCGAAGGACACUCGUCAUUACUGGGAGGCUACAAGGUCACUGCCAAGUGUUUUGGCUUCCUGACCCGCCAGCUGAUGUCACUGGCCGGCGGUAGGGUGGUGCUGGCUUUGGAGGGGGGACAUGACCUCAAGGCCAUCUGUGAUGCCUCUGAAGCCUGCGUUAGUGCUUUGUUGGGCAUGGAGGUGGAGCCGCUGUCCCAGUCUGUGUUGGACCAGAAGCCUUGUGAAAAUGCUGUCCAGUCUCUGCGCAGAGUCAUCCAUUUUCAGGGUGAGUACUGGCAGAGUGUGAAAGAUUCGGCCACCACAGUGGAUUUGUCCUACCUGCAGGCGCAGAGGCGGCGGCUGAGACGAGACUCAGACAGCGAGGCCGUCAGCGCCAUUGCUUCGCUGUCGAUGGGCUCCCUCACAUCUGACAGAAACAGCCAGAGAACUGUAAUUCUCUCAGAAGCAAGAGUGUCUUGACAGCUGUCUUCAACCAAGCCUUAGCAAACACAAACACACACACACACACACACACACACACACACACACACACACACACACACACACACACACAACUAUGCAUUUAGACUGUCACUAGAACCAGACGUCCUCCUCAGGUCGACCACUGUAUUCACUUGCUCACCAAAACCCCUACAACUGCAUUACUACUGGAAGCAGUCUGCCCACCCUAGUGUAAACACACAUGGAGGAACAACUUUAACACACUCAUGCUGCCUCUGCAGGCUUUGCCUGAAGGAGACAUGAGUCCCUGGCUGACAUAAAGCAAAGACACGCAGAGGCCGAUUAAUGAAGGAUCAUCACUCUUGUAGCAUUUGGACCUAGCAAUAUGACGUAGCACGAACACACAGCUCCCUGACUGAAUGUUCAUGACUCCUACAAGACCUGCACGAGAACACUCCAAUUGUUGUAAGGCGGGGUCAAAGGUCACCUUGGCUUACUGGAGCCAAUCAGUCAGAGUGGAAGGAGUCGUCCCUGGUGGAUGUGCCUGUGAAGGAGAACAGACACAUCCUUAAAACAUGGGCCACUGUGAUAAUGUCAUUUGUCUGCAUGUGACAAAGACCCAACGAAGGAAAAUAUCUCUGAUGUGCCGUUCUGUAAUGUGAACUGGACAAUAUGAAGGAGAUGCACGUUGACAAUCAAACAAUUUGUUUGCUCAUAUUUUUUAGUUCAUCUGAAAAUGUACUUAUGUGACCUGUGGCACACAUUUUUGUGGAUGUCAGCAGGAGUUUCUUUUUUUUGGUUUAAGAGUCCAGUUAACCAGGGUGAAGCUACAGUGAAGUCUGAGAUAGAUAUGUUUCAUAUUGUUUUGUAUGUCCACAUAUUUUCUUAAAUGUCUGUUAGGUUGCAUUUUCAGCCUGUCCAGCGAGCACACCCAGCAAAUUGAUAGACUGCUGCAGUUGUUGUUGUUGCUCCUAGACAGAUGCCAGUUUUUGACAAUGUACAGACCUACUUUAGUUUGAAUGAAGUGAUAAUACCUCUGGACACUGGAGAAAGAAUAUAAGGGGGAGAAGUAGUCACUGAUAGAAAGACAGAAACCCCCAGGAUGCCCCAGUGCAGUGUGACCACUCAGCCGAUCACAUCGUCUCUGUCAAGAAGUUUUGAAUGAGACACAUCCAAAGACUAGGACAGUCACACAAACAACAUGAACUUUUAGUAUAUUGCUUCACUACUGGAGAGCCCGAACGACUUUAGUCUUAAAAUCUAAGGUCUG